AUGGACCCCGUGGGGACAACAGGGGCCAGGUCACCAAAGGAGGGGCUCCUGACCCGGGCUCCACCUGGAAGUGACUCGAGGAGACAAGGGCCAGCUGCGGUCACCGUGGGCAGGCGGUGCCCCUUCCCCCGCGAUAAACACUUGCCCCUGAGCUGGCCUGACGCCCUCACCCCUGCGCAUCCCGCAGGGACCCCGGGCCCUUUGACUCACCUGAGUCUGCAAGACAGCUCAGAGGCGCGGCUGCAGAGCGGGGCAGACGGGCGGGGCCUGGCGGGCAGCUGGAGCAGGUCACCCCCCGAGCAGGCCACCAUGCUGCAGGAAGGCGUGCGCAGGUGCCUGCAGCGGCAGUGUGAGCAGACGGUGCGGAUCCUGCACGCCAAGGUGGCGCAGAAGUCCUACGGAAAUGAGAAGCGGUUCUUCUGCCCUCCGCCCUGCGUCUACCUUGCCGGCCCCGGCUGGAGGGUGAAGCCCGGCCAGGGCCAAGCCCACCAGGCCGCGGAGCCCGGGACCACGGUCUGCGGCUACAUGGGGCUGGACGGCGCGCCCGGCAGCGCGGCCGAGACGCAGAGGCUGAGCUUCGAGGAGCAGCCGGACUCCAGGGAGUUCGGCUGCGCCAAGACCCUGUACAUCUCUGACGCGGACAAGAGGAAGCACUUCCGGCUGGUGCUGCGGCUGGUGCUGCCAGGGGGCCGGGAGCUGGGCACCUUCCACAGCCGCCUCAUCAAGGUCAUCUCCAAGCCCUCGCAGAAGAAGCAGUCGCUGAAAAACACCGACCUGUGCAUCUCCUCGGGUUCAAGGGUUUCCCUCUUCAACCGCCUGCGCUCCCAGACGGUGUCCACGCGCUACCUCUCCGUGGAGAACGGGGCCUUUGUGGCCAGCGCGAGACAGUGGGCUGCCUUCACGCUGCACCUGGCUGAUGAGCACUGCUCCCAAGGAGACUUCCCUCCCCGAGAGGGCUACGUGCGCUACGGCUCUCUGGUGCAGCUCGUCUGCACGCUCACCGGCAUCACGCUGCCGCCCAUGAUCAUUCGCAAAGUAGCCAAGCAGUGUGCGCUCCUGGACGUGGAUGAGCCCAUCUCGCAGCUGCACAAGUGUGCCUUCCAGUUUCCGGGCGGUCCCCCAGGAGGGGGCGGCACCUACCUGUGCCUGGCCACGGAGAAAGUGGUGCAGUUCCAGGCGUCCGCCUGCCCCAAGGAGGCCAACAAGACGCUGCUGAACGACAGCUCGUGCUGGACCAUCAUCGGCACCGAGUCGGUGCAGUUCUCUUUCAACAGCAGCCUGGCGUGCACGCGGGAGCCCGUCACCCCCGUGCCGCUCGUCAGCACCCUCGAGCUCAGCGGCGGGGGCGACGUGGCCACGCUGGAGCUCCACGGAGAGAACUUCCACGCGGGGCUCAAGGUGUGGUUCGGGGACGUGGAGGCGGAGACCAUGUACAGGAGCCCGCGGUCCCUGAUGUGCGUAGUGCCGGACGUGGCGGCCUUCGGCAGCGACUGGCGCUGGCUGCGCACGCCCAUCACCGUGCCCGUGAGCCUGGUGCGCUCCGACGGGCUCUUCUACCCGAGCGCCUUCUCCUUCACCUACACCCCGGAAUACAGCGGGAGGCCCGAUUCGCCGCGCGCCCCCGAGCCCGCCGCGGACGCCGACGCGCUGCUCGAGAGCAUCCACCACGAGUUCACGCGCACCAACUUCCACCUCUUCAUCCAGACCUAGGGCGCCCCGCGUCCGCUUCCGUGCGGGAGGGCGGGACGAGGCCCGCGGCAGACACCCACCCGGCCUCCCGCCUCAUCCGCGCGCUCAGCCCUCCAGGGAGACACAGCCUUCCUGCUCUCUUUGCAAGGUGCAGCCCGGUGGCUUUGCCCCUUGGAGCUUUGGCUCCUAGGCCCGUGUGCCCGCCUCUCCAUGGUCCUCUCCGGAUCACUUGUGUCCCUGUGGCUCCUCCCCCUCUCUCCCUCCCCUGGGCUCUCCUUGCGUCUAACACACCGUGUCACGCUCUGAGGAGCUCCCCCCGUGUCUCCUCUGAAAAAAGAAUGCGUGGCUUUGCACACGCAGGCAUGGGACAUGGGGCCUCGAGACCCUGUCUGCGUGUCCGGGAGCGCCCAGUGAGGCUCAGACUUGAACGUGGACUGCACCUGCAGCACCUGGAGGACUGUGUCUCUCCAGCUCUGUCCUGGAACACAGUCCCACCUGCAGCACCAGGUCGCAUCUGGAACUCGGAACCCCUCUUGCAUCACCGGGUCCUACCCUGGAACACAAGGACCUGCCCCUUCCUGUUUGCCUGCUGCCUGGAGCCAGCCACAGUCCCCUUGCCAGUGUUUGCUCCCUGGCCUACAGCUUUGUGGCUGGGCAGGUUCCUGUGCUAUACUGAAUCAAACAGAAUCUGAACUGUGUGCCCCCCACAAGGAAGGGGGUGCCCCAGUAGACACCAUCCGCCCACAGAUGCAGAGAGCACAAGUCUUAGGGAGCACAGGACCUGCCUUGUUGACUCUUUCGAGAGGAGUGGGGUUCAGGGUUGGCUGGUAUCUCUGAGGCCACAGUCCUGUCCUGGGGUCACCUUGCAGCUCUGCGGGUGAGCUACCCUACUGCCCUCACCCCUAGCAAGGGUGCACCCAAGGCCCAGAGGCAUGCGGCACAGAACCAGCUUGCCCGGGACAACGCUGGGCAGAAGUCCCAGAUCACCUGGGCGGUAACACAGCUGAGAGAGGGGGCUUCUCUCCAUGGGCCUAGGGGCCAAAUCACAACCCUGCCUUGACCACUCUGCCCCGUCUGUGCUUGAUGCGAAAGAGAGCAGGGAAAGCCAGCAGGGUCCCGGCUUGGGGCUACGGGGACAAGGACAGAGGCAUCGUGGAUGCCCAGCCUCCAGGGGUGCCCAGUAGUCUGAAGUGCGGGGUCUAGCCCCCUGGGCCUUCCUUGACCUUCUGAGGAAGAGCUCAUUUCCUGUAGAACAUCUGCCCCAGAGCACGGGAAGUCCCCUGAAAAAGAAGCAGCUGACAUUUCCAGAAAGGAGGAAAUGGGGUUUGCGCUUUAGACUCCCCAAAGUCUAAGUUCCGUCAUCAGCCAUCAGCAGGCUGAAACCCACACGGCCAACGCCUCACCUUGUGUGAUUGCUGGAGAAGGGUGGAGCCCAGCUGAGAAACUCAGGGAGCAAGUUGGGUGGGAAAUGCCCUGAAAUGAGUGCCCGCCUCCGGAGAGUCUGAUUCGGGAACAAGGAGGAACUUCGACGCAAGGACAGGAGAUGACGCAGUCAAGUGCAGGGCCCUUCUGAGCAUAAGUGCCACAUCUAAGAAGCCAGCUGCCGUCUCACAUGCUGGCUCCGGGAACCGUGUGGCCACCCAGCUUGGACCAAAGGGCUCUAUGUCCCCCUAGGCUGAGUUUCGUGGGGAAAGCGGUUCUCAUCUCCGUGUGUCCUAGAGGGUGCAUUCGCUGUGCCCUGCGCUGGAGUUGGUGCUCAAUAAAUAACAUUGUGUUGGCAGA